AUGGUGGUGCCCUGUCAGGAUGCUGCCAUGGAGCCGGGAACCACGAUGUUGGACUGGCGCUUCGGUAGCGCCCCGGACGAAACCAAGCUUGGCUACAGCAUGCAGUUCUUCCCGGAGCAGGAGGAUUGCGGGGAGACCAGCGUGGAGUGGAAUUACAACGCAAUGGCGGUGUGUCUUAUUGAUGUGGACAGCCGACAUACCCCAGUCAUGCAACACGGCUACAUGUGCAGGCUGUCCGGGAUGGAGACUAGCCUCAACUCCUCGUGA